AUGCACCUCUGUGGGUCCGCCCCUGCGUGGAAGAGAGGCAUAACUCUUUGUGAAGGUGGAUUUGGAGUCGUCUCGUUAGCUUCUACCUCAAAUGCACUAUUUUGUGGUGUUACUCUCCCAUCUCUCAUUGCUCUCAAAUCAUGCGACUUCAAUGCUUCUCAUUCCUUGAAAGAAGAAGUCGAAAUCCUCAUAAUGUUCAAACAUUCUCCUUACAUUGUUCACUGUUGCGGAGCUAAUAUCUCUUUUGAUGAUAACGUCAAUCUUUACAACUUAUCGCUGGAGUAUGCUUUCGAAGGAAGCCUUGUUGAUCGUCUUCAAAACUGCAAUUCACUGUUGGAGUUUGAAGUUAAGAAACACAGGAAGAAUGUUCUCUUAGGGCUUAGUUGCAUUCACAACAAUGGAAUUAUUUACUGUGACAUCAAGCCUGGCAAUAUUCUCCUUGUGGGAAUGGACAAACUGCCAAGAUUGCUGAUUUCGGACUUUAAUGGCGCUCCAAUUGCUGGUUCAAAAACCUACAAAAAGUUGGACAAAACUAUUCAUGAUACAUAUAAAUCACAGGUCGAGGAGGGGAUAAAGGCAGCUACCGAUAUAUCAGCGGAGAGAAAAGUGGCUAAGACGCUUGACAAGAAGACGAAGGAUAAGGGGGUGGAGGUAGGCACGGUGUUGGAGAAGGUGGAGGAGGAGAUGAAGGAGGAGGAAGAGGAGGAUGUGGCUACAAGGAAUGCGGCGGUGACAACACUUAUGGAUUUCUCGAUAGUGGAGGAGGAGGAUGAAUUGGUACAAAUAUUGUGA